AUGGCCGGAGCCGCAAUGGCCGAGCCCGGCCGCGGGCGGCCUUUCGCGCCCGCGCCCGGCACGGAGGGUCUGCCGCGCGCCUUCCUGCAGAGCCUGCGCACCCUCUUCGACAUCCUGGACGACCGGCGGCGCGGCAUCGUGCACCUGAGCGAGAUCGAGUCCCGCUGGCAGGGCGCCGACGCGCGCGAGCUGCCCCGCGGCGUGCUCGAGGGCCUGCGCCAGGUGGCCCCGGCCAGCGGCUACCUGACCUUCGAGCGCUUCGUGGCCGGCCUGCGCACCUCACUGCUGAGCGCCGACUGCGGCACGCGGGCCCCGGCGCGCGCCCCGGCCCGGGGAGGCUGCCCGGCGCGGCCCGGGGGGCAGCCGCCGCCGCCGCCGCAGCGCCUGGUGUUCGCGCCGGCCGACGAGCCGCGGACGGUCCUGGAGAGGAAGCCCCUGCCCCUGGGCGCGCGCCCCCCGCCGGCCGGCCCGGGCGGCGCGGCCCGGAGCCUAGAGAAGCUGUGCAGCCCGGCGGAGGCGGCGCCCGGCCCGGAGGAGCCCGAACGGCCCCAGGGCGCGGCGCUGGAGCGGAGCCCGAACACGGACGCUGAUGCAGUGGCCUGCAGGGCCCGGGAGCUGGGCGUGGGGGACGCCCGGUGGGGACCCCGUGCCCGAGGGGAACGUCGGAGACACACCAUCACCAACGGUGUGGACUGCGACCUGCUGAAGCAGAUGAAGGAGCUGGAACAGGAGCAGGAGGUGCUGCUGCGGGGCCUGGAGAUGAUGGCGCGGGGCCGGGAGUGGCACCAGCAGCAGCUGCAGCGCGUGCAGGAGCGCCAGCGCCGCCUGGGCCAGAGCAGGGCCAGUGCCGGCUUCGGGGCUGAGGGGAGCCCCCGCCUGCUGGGGCAGCUGCUGCCCAAGGUGCAGGAGGUGGCCCGGUGCCUGGGGGAGCUGCUGGCCGCGGCCUGUGCCGGAAGGGCUCUGCCCUCGUCCUCCUCAGGGCCGCUGGGCCCUGCCCUGGCCCCCGCCUCGCCCUCGGUCCCCGGCUGGCAGCGGCGGACCAUCCUCAUGCUGAAGGAGCAGAACCGGCUCCUCACCCAGGAGGUGACCGACAAGAGCGAGCGGAUCACACAGCUGGAGCAGGAGAAGUCCGCCCUCAUCAAGCAGCUGUUUGAGGCCCGUGCCCUCAGCCAGCGGGACGCUGGGCCCCUGGACUCCACCUUCACGUAG